CUGUUAUCUGUCUUUUGCAGUCUGUACAAUGCUGGAUGUUCUCAUCAUCGGUGCAGGACCACAUGCUUUAACCCUAGCAUCCCUCUUAAAACACCCCAACUUUUCAAACAGCGCUAAUGAUGCACACAUCCUAGAUGGGAUUUUCCUAAGUAAGACUAGGAUGAAAAAUGGAAAGUCAAGGACAAAGGGUAAAAAUGAAGUGACAAAAAUAAUUGAACAAGCAAAUAAUCUCCUGAAGCAAGUGGAUACUCCUGAAAGCCCUCCAUUAUCUGUAAAAGUAGUUGAUCCCUAUGGUGAAUGGGUGACACUGUGGCAAAAGCAGUUUAAUGCCUUGAGAAUCCCUCAUCUCCGUUCCCAUACGCUUGUCCACACGGAUCCUUUCAACAAGAAAGCCCUACAGGAAUUUGCAGUGAAGCAUGAACGCACCGAAGAGCUCCACAGCUUGCCUGAACACAUUUAUAUUCAAGAUGAAAAUGCCUUCUUUAAUGAUAGCAGGCUGGGCAAGAAGGAAAAGAAGAAACUUUCAGCCAGUGGUGCUCUGAAAAAAAGCCUGUAUUUUAGCCUUCCAAGUUCAGGACUUGUUAUGGACUUUUUCCAGCAGCAGAUCCACAGGUACCACUUGGAAAGCAUAUUGAUGAAAGGCACAGUGGAAAGAAUAAUUCCUAUUUUAGCUGUCCACAAUGAUCAAAUGCAAAGUAAAAAUGAACAGAAAUCAGUGCAGCACUUUAACAUAGUGCUUCAGAAUGGUGAUGUGAUUGCAGCACGGCAAGUGGUCUUAGCCACAGGGCCUACAAGAAUUCAAAUGGCAAACAUUCCCUCUUGGGUUAAAUCAAUCCAUGAAAGUUAUCCUGAAGAACGGCUUCAACACACAGUGCAGUUAAUUCAUUAUCAAGAUGGCAAACAAGUUUCAGCUUCUGUCUGCAAUUCUGGAGAAAGGGUCUUAGUUGUUGGAGGUGGGCUAACAAGCGCCCAUAUCAUAUUAUUUGCCUUUCAACAAGGUGCUAGAAAUGUUCACUGGGUACUGAGGAAACAUUUACAGCUGAAGCAGUUUGAUGUCGGUGACAUUGAAACUCUUGUUGGGCGCUACUCUCACGUUGAACAUGGUAUUAAGCUGGAUGGGCUGGCAUAUCUGAGACAAUUCUACAAUGAGAGGAGUCUACAUAAGCGCCUAGCCAUGAUACGUCAAGCACGGAAAGGGGGUGCAGUAACGCCUGAAGCUUAUAAACAAAUGCAGGAGUUUAUUAUCAGUGGUGACCUAAUGAUUAAAACCUACAGUCAGGUGUCUGAAGCUAAAUGGUCUUAUAAAGAUCAGGAAUGGAAGAUUUUUUUAAGUACAGGAGAAAGGCUUACUAUUGACAGAAUCUGGCUGGCUACUGGAUGCAAGCUAGAUGUUUCACAGGACCCAUUGCUUACGGAUAUCACUGAAGAGUUUCCCAUUCAGGUUCUUGAUGGCUGGCCCUGCCUUUCAGAAAAUCUCCAAUGGGCUCCUGGCUGUAAUUGUUAUUUAAUGGGGCAGUAUGCAGCUCUGCAGGUCAAGUAUUUUCAUUUUUACAUUUUGAUGAAUGGUUUUACCUUCAUAAGAGUAACUACACACACAUAUAUAUAUAUAUAUAUAUAUAUAUAUUGCUAUUAUUACAUAAAUUACAACAUAAACCACCUAAUAGGAUUAGUUUUAGUAAAACCUUCUUUGUGCACUGCCAUAUUUUGUUAAAACAGAAAAAAUAGGAAGUGUCUAACUACCGAUCAGAAUUAGACAUACUAAAAAUAAUACAAACUUCUGUGUGUUUAGCAAUCAAUGCGGUAACAGUAUUCUGUAAUAUAUCUAUUUGGAGAUACAUUAAAAACUGUUUCACAAUGUGCUUAUGAUAACUGUUGUUCACAAUACACAGGUGCUGCACAAAAUAAACUAUGCAAAA